UAUGGAGAGGCAGCUGCCGACAACUGAAUCCCGCAAACCCUUCCUCUCGGCGGUUCUCGAAACCAGCCACCGCCGCGGGGCAGCUAUAAUCCAUCCCCAUUGCCAUCGAAGGCUGUUGCGGUAAGCGAUGAUGGAGGACGCUGGCCUGGACUUCCUGCUGGACGUGGUCGACAGAUUUCCCCUAUGUAAAGACUUCGCGGAUUGCUUGGAGCACCCAGAUCCGGUUCCUCUGGCGCGGAUUGAUGCGCCGAGCGUUCAGCAGUCUGAAUCAAACGCUGGUUCAGGGUGCGGGCAGCCAGUUGGCGGCUGUAGCCAGGAGCGGCAAGCAGGCGAUGGGCGCCGUCGCCGCGAGACAUCUCCGGCGAGGUCCGCACAGUCAACAGACCAGUCUUGCAAGGGUGAACCCGGAGGCGCCGGGGUGGACAAAAAGGUUCUGUAACCAUUGCAUUCCGUCUGCUCUGAAUUUUUUCCUGGAGUGCAACUCCAUUUGUCCUAGUACGGAGUGUAGUUCGCUGCCAUGUUAUCUAUAACGAACUGUGACAGACUGACAGUAAUUGUUUUUUGAUGAACGGUUGGCAGAUACCAGGCAUGCUGAAUGUUGUCUCCGGCAGGGGAUUAGUCACUCGAUUUUAGGCAUGUCAACAAAGGUGCAUGUAUAGGUACAGACAAGGAAAUGUUAUUCAGAGUUCGUAGAUUCAAAAAUCUAGAAACCCAUAAUAAGUGGAACUCUAGUUGACAAAAUAAGCAGGAGGCAUGAUUUUCUAUUUCACGGCAGA